UUGAACAGUAAUCCUCAGAUCUCAGCCUCCUAAGAAGUUAGAUUACAGGUGUGAACCACCAGCAUCCAGCCUUCUUUUUUCUUUUAUAACUUAACACAUGGGGCUGGAGGUAUGCCUCAGGUGCUAGAGUGCCUGUAGGAAGCACAAGAUCAUGAGUUCAAUCCUCACUGCCUAUAUAUAUAUAUAUCCAUAGAUACAACAUAUACAUCACUUACUAUUCACACUGUGUCUGGUUUUCCCUAUUCAGACCCUUGAUCUCCUUUGAAGGAAUUGUCUUUGAAGGAAUUGUUCAUCUCCCAAUCCUCAACCAUGGCAAUAUUGAAUGACUGAAACGGUUACUGGAAAAAAAAUAUCAUUUACUGAGAACCAUGAGGUGUAAGGAGUAGGCAUGGAAGGACAACAAAAGAUUUACGAAUUUCCUUCUGUAUGCUAAACAUAGUGGCUAAUAAUUUUUCAGUAUUUGAUGCUCAUUAAGUCCUCACUACUAAGUGAACGAAGGUCACAGUUUCCUGAAGCAUGUGAUAAUCUCAUAAAUAACGGGUGCCAUCCCAGGCUCUGCCAUCUUCUUCUUGAGAAAGUUGGUUCAGAGCCUACUUGGCAGAGAGCAGUUUCCAUAGAAACGCGGGAGCCCGCCGGUGUCAACGGAAGCAGGAAGUUGCUCGCACUUCCGUUUUACUCCGGAAACGCGGUCAACCCGGAAGUCUGCGCUGCGCGGAGGUGCAUGGCGGCUCCUAGGGGAAAUGCCGCUCGUGGUGUUUUGCGGGUUGCCGUCCAGCGGCAAGAGUCGUCGCGCGGAGGAACUGCGCGGGGCUCUGGAAGCCGAGGGGCGUGCGGUGUACGUGGUGGAUGAUGCUUCGGUGCUGGGCGCGGAGGAUACGACCGUGUACGGCGACCCUGCCCAGGAGAAGGCUUUGCGCGCGGCCCUGCGGGCCUCGGUGGAGCGGCGCCUGAGCCGCCAAGACGUAGUCAUCCUGGACUCGCUUAACUACAUCAAGGGUUUCCGCUACGAGCUCUACUGCCUGGCGCGGGCGGCGCGCACGCCUCUCUGCCUGGUUUACUGCGUACGGCCCGGCAGUCCGAGCCCGCGACGUCAGGCGGCGGGUGUGGCGGACCGCCGAGUCCCAAACGUCAGCGUAAGUUGGAGGCCGCGCGCGGAGGAGGGCGGGAAACCCCCGGCGGCGGGCACCAGCCUGCCGAGGGAACUAACUACGGGGUCUGCGGUAAACGGGUCAGUCCAGGCCGACGGACCCAGAGAACUAGAUUGCCGGGAAAUCGAGGCAUCCGAUCUUCCAGCUCCAGCGACUCCAGAGAACGAGAAGUCUGCAAAGUGUGUGUCCGGUGCGUUUUUCUCUCCGGAUCUUCUGGAAGCGCUAACGCUACGCUUUGAGGCUCCGGACUCUCGGAACCGCUGGGAUAGGCCUUUGUUCACCGUCGUGGGCUUGGAAGAGCCGCUACCCUUUGCGGAGAUUCGGUCUGCCCUGUUUGAGAACCGAGCUCCUCCACCCCAUCAAGCCACGCAGUCCCAGCCCCUGGCCUCCAGCAGCUUUCUCCACCAGUUAGAUCAGGUCACGAACCAAGUGUUGACUGGAUUGAUGGAAGCUCAGAAGAGUGCUAUCCCUGGGGACUUGCUGACACUUCCUGGCACCACAGAGCACCUACUAUUUACACGGCCCCUGACCAUGGCAGAACUGAGUCGCCUCCGUCGCCAAUUUAUUUCCUAUACUAAAAUGCACCCUAACUAUGAGAACCUUCCUCAGCUGGCCAACAUGUUUCUUCAGUAUCUGAGCCAGAGUUUGCACUGAUGAGAGGAGUAGAGGGAAGCUAUGGCUCCUGCCUAACUUCUACUGCACUUCAGAAAGUCUGGGUGGUCUGAAGGCUUGAAGAUCACAUUGAUGUAAUACCAGAGCUGAAUUUACAGCAUAAACAGAGACUGUAGAGAAGGGAGAAGUAGCUUCGAGAAUUUUUGGCAGAUUCUUCCAGAGGAGAGCUCACACACCAUUUGAUAUUUAUCAUGUGGAUAGAUGAAAAUUGUUCUAAAGCAAUUUGUGGGAAAAAAAAAUGGGUUGGCACAGUUGUGUAUCCACACUGGCCCCUUUAUACCACAAAUGUAUUUUCAUACACUGCCUGCUUUUGAGUGGAGGAUCCUGGGAUUAAGAUAAUAUAAAUCCACUCUUUUCUGUCUUUGGGGAACUUUCAUUUUUUGUGGAAGACAUAAUCACUAGAGUAUUUUCUCAAAUAAAAUAUUUUAAAAGUAAA